AUGCCAAUUAAAUGUGAUGAUAGGCACUAUCAGAUUAAUUGUUAUGAUGGAUCACAGUUUACUGUUGAUUUUGAGAAGAAAAUUUGCAGCUGUAGGGUAUGGGAUUUGGGGGACAUUCCUUGUAAGCAUGCAUGUAGUGCCAUAAUAGCUCAAAAGCUGGUGCCUGUUGACUUUGUAGAUAGUUGUUAUUCACAAGAGUAUUAUAGGAAUGUGUAUAGGGGGUCAAUACUAGGCACAAAUGGUCCUUCAUUGUGGAGACAGACCCUUUUUGUUCCUCCUUUACCUCCCAACUUUGGGAGGGGUGCUAGCAGGCCUUUAAAGGCAAGAAGAAGAGAUCAAGAAGAGCCUAAAAAGAAAGGGAAAAAGAGGAGAGGGAAACAACCAAUGAAAAUGAAGAGGCAACAGCCAACUGUGAGGUGCAAAAAGUGUGGCAUGGCUGGCCACAAUGUAAGGUCUUGUGAGAAAAGAAAGGAGAAAGAAAUGAACACUCUAACCAAAACCAAACUUGAAAGGAAAAGAGUAAAAGCUGCUACUGACAGAGGUAAAAGGAAAAGGCCAAAGAAGGCGCCACAGUUGGGACAGAACAAUCCUCACAACCAUGAAGAAGAAGAUGAGGAGCUGCAGUCAUUGUGUGAACUCAUUGAUGAGUAUGAAAUCCCUAAAGUUUCCAAUCAGCCCGGGUCUACCCCUUACCAACAGCUGCAGAGUUCAAUGCAAUCAAGAGAUGAAAACUAA